AUGGCUGGAAUUAUCAAAAACCAAUUAGUGAAGCAUUUAUCCAAAUUUACAAAAAAUUUGAAACCUGAACAGAUUUCGCUCGAUGUCCUAAAAGGAAAUACGAAGUUACAAUUUAUAGAGAUUAACGAGCAAAUAUUGACAGAUAUUUUAGAACUUCCGUCAUGGCUUCGUAUUAAACGCGCUUAUUGCACAGGUGUCACUGUCAGCGUCCCUUGGACUCGAUUAAAAACAUGCCCAAUUAAAAUUUUUAUCGAUGAGAUCAAUGUCGAAGUAGAAUUAUCGAGUAGCAGGGAAACGCGUGGAGAAAAUCCUUUGGGAAACAUUUCGGAUAAUUCUUCGUAUGGUUUUAUCGAUAAAAUUGUUGAAAACAUGUCUCUUUAUAUCAAUACGGUGGAGAUUAACUUUGAUUCAGACGCUUUUGGAGGUUCUUUCAUGCUUCAACGACUAUCCGUCGAGAGUAGAAGUCCAGGAUGGGCACAAGUUCAAGAUUUACGACAAACUCGAAUAACUUGUAGUUUGUCACACAGAACACUGAUGUUCAAACAAUUGUCAUGGCAUCUUCUUCGGAUUGAAGCAUCUGCCAAAACUUUCAAAGAUGAGAAACGUUCCAAAAUAAAUGCUCCGCUGCGAUUGAUUACAAGUAAUGGCAAAAUCCGAGUGGCUUUAAAAAAGAAUUCGAAUGACGGUUCUGUGAUUCAUGCUCGUAUUCAAACAAUUCUAGAAGAUAUUUUAUGGGUUGCAACUCUUCAACAACUUCGUUCAGCCAUUUCAUUUGCUUCAUAUAUAAUGACUUUGGUUAGAGAAUCCCAAAAGGAUGUGAUUGUGGUUCCUGUUCCCGCUGGUCAACCUCAUAGACAAGGAAAUUUUGAAACACCGUGCGCAGAAUCAUAUUCGACAACAUUUAAAACUUUCUAUUUUGAUCAAACUUCAUAUCACUUGCAUGUCAAAAAAAUUGACUUGCAUUUGUAUGAUGACGCAAUUGCUAGCGGAUCAUAUCCUCCUGAUUGGAAUAUCGAGAGUGGGGCAAUGCAAGUGACAUUACAUCAAGUUUCCAUUGACGCUUAUCCAAAAUCAUUGGCAACGUCAAAUAGAUCGACAUGGCUACGGUACCAAUCUCCCAAUAUUUUUUCUAUUUGGAUGCAUGGGAGAUUAGAUCAGCAAUUUAACGAGCUAAUGAAAGAAGCAACUGAUCAAACUUUAAAAACACGGCUUAACCGCUGUUGGUCGCAAUUAAUGGGAUUUCAUAUAGUUUUGCGUAUGUACGAUUUGACUGUUCAAUGUGUUUCCGAUAUGGAUACCAAAAAAAACGGUCUCAAAAAUCUUUUCGUUAGUGAAAGACAUACUCGUUCCUUUCCAUUAGAUCAACCAAUCGUUCAUUUCGAAUUUGCAACAUAUUUCCACCCAAUGACUGACACACUUCCAGUCCCAAAAUCUGCUACGUUUUUGCAACUCGGCCCAUUUUCUUUGACAUUUGACGAAAGAACCCUUCGCUGGUGUCUUUUUGUCGCCCAUUGUCUUCAAUCUGCAAUUGAAGAUGGGCACAUUACUGUAUCGGGCGAUGCAAAUAUUCAUUCUUCAGACAUUCGUAUUGAUCUCAUAAUGCCCACGAUUGUCAUUCCACUACCGAACACAUCGAGUGAUGCCAGAUUACCUAAUCGUCUAGUUAUUUCCAUGUCUACUAUUUCAUUGUCGUCAUGCAGCUACAAUGCUCCAUCUCAGUUUCGAAACAUUCAUAACCUUAUUGGAAAGUUUGAUGUCAAAGAAGGCAACACGAAAUUUCAAGAGCAUUUAAACUUGAUUAAAAAUCCGCCUGCAACUUCUAACAAACUUUCUGAUGGGGAACUACUUUAUUUAAAAACUUCCCCGAUUUGGAUUGAAACCGAUCAUGGGCCCAAAACAAAAGGGCUUCCACUUAUACAUGACAUUCCAUUUUCCGGUGCCGUUGUUCUUACUGCUGACAAUAUUUCGUUUUAUGUCGAACCAACCGAAGAAUUGAACGUUAUUAUCGAUCAUUUUCAGUUCUUGCAGGUUACACGCUUUUUCUCAAGCUUAUCCAAAUUUGUCGACUUAUUAUCUAUGGACCAAAAAUAUUUUUCCGGUUCUAAAGUUUCGACUACACCUGUUGUUUGUUUCCUUGCCGCCGUUGACCGAAUACGUGUACAUAUUUUGCUCACGAUUGGUCCGAUGCCAUCCCCCUACGACAAAUGUCCAACCGUCAGCGAAAUCAACAAUAGUUUCAUGGAGCGAAUGUCAGGAGUGAAGUUGCUUGGGAAAUAA